CGCAUUAGUGGAUGGAAGUGCUAAAGUAUACCUUUUGUAACCACCCCACCCCCUUUACACACACCUCUUAGCUACUAAUACGACACUAAUACUAAACUACUCCUUCAUUUUUAUUAUUAUUAUUAUUAUUAGUUUACAUUUUAUUUGUGCUUGAGCUGCGCGUUCAUGACCGUGCUGAGCCGCUCGCUCCUGGCGCUGUCACCCCGCGUCAGCUGUCUUGUACCCGGGACACGACACGGCCGUGACCAUGAGAACGCCCGCCGGUGCCCGCCAUGACACGGAGGCCGGGUGAAUGACAGCGAGAAGCGGACUGGAGCUGAAGGCACUAUGACUCUCUCCUCACCUGCCUCAGUGGUACCCCUCAAUCGCUGACCUCGCCACCUGGUCCCUAUCUCCUCCUGUGCAAUCUCCUCAGCCACUCUUCCGUCUCUGCCCCUCCUACGCCAUGGCUGGGGAGAAAGGGCCGACCAAGCGAAGCGCCAUGGACAUCAAGCGCCUGGCGAGCCUCAUUCAGAGAGGAACAGGCCGCUUGCUGGUGAUUGACAGCAGGACGUUUUCCGAGUACAACGCAUCCCAUGUGCAGGGCGCAGUCAAUGUCUGCUGCUCCAAGCUCGUCAAGAGGCGACUGCAGCAGGACAAGGUGUCCGUCACUGAGCUGCUGCAGCCCAAUGGCAAAAUAAAGGUAGAGCUCGGCAGAAAGCAGGAAGUGGUGGUUUAUGACCAGAGUUCCAAAGAAGCCACUCAUCUGUCCAAAGAUGGCUUUGUGCACAUUCUCAUGGGGAAGUUGGAAGGCACUUUCCACAAAGUGUCCCUGCUCACUGGGGGCUUUGCUGCGUUCUCCUCCUGCUUCCCCGGCCUGUGUGAAGGGAAGCCAGCCACUGCUCUUCCUAUGAGCUUGUCCCAGCCCUGCUUGCCUGUGGCUAAUGUCGGACCCACCCGCAUCCUGCCACACCUCUACCUGGGCUCUCAGAAAGACGUCCUCAAUAAGGAUCUGAUGCUUCAGAAUGGUAUUACCUACGUGCUGAACGCCAGCAACACCUGCCCCAAGCCGGACUUCAUCAGUGAGAGCCACUUCAUGCGCAUCCCAGUGAAUGACAACUACUGCGAGAAACUGCUUCCUUGGCUGGACAAAACCAAUGAAUUUAUUGACAAAGCUAAGGUGUCGAACUGCAGAGUCAUUGUGCACUGUCUGGCUGGAAUCUCGCGUUCAGCGACCAUCGCCAUCGCGUACAUCAUGAAGACAAUGGGCCUGUCAUCAGACGACGCCUACAGGUUUGUGAAAGACCGAAGACCAUCCAUAUCCCCCAAUUUCAACUUCCUGGGCCAGCUGCUGGAGUUUGAGAAAGAACUGCGACUACUCCAAGCUUUGACUUCCAGCGCCGAUGACAAGAUGUCAGACAGCAACUCCAAGCUCAACGCUGAGCUUAACGGGGUCAACUCGUGUUUUGAGAUGAACGGUCUCCAGAGCAACUAUGACUCAUUGAUGGCAGAAAAGCUGCCAGAGCCCAAGAUAGCAUUGCCCACCUCCCUCCAGCAAGGCUUCAAUGGCUUGCACCUUUCUGCAGAGAGAAUCAUGGACACCAACCGUCUGAAACGCUCCUUCUCUCUGGACAUUAAAUCCGUAUACUCCCCUAACAGUCCACAUUCUGCUGGCAUGGCACCAGCACACUCUGAAGACGUCCCCAAGCUGUGCAAACUGGACAGCCCAGAGACAGGCACCUCCAAUGGCGUCUGCUCCCAGUCCCCCAUCCUGAACAGUCCCUGCUCUUCUGACUCGCCCUUCCCCUCGCCUGGCAGUGUCGGCACCGUCGGCGGUCUAGGGCACGGAGGAAGCGAGGGAGUCCAUCGGCCUGGUUCUUCGUCAUCCAGACCGAGAAGAAAACACAAGCACACCUCUGGGAGUUCACCAGCCCAUUUCCAGCAACAGCUGUCCCAAUCCCUCAGUCUGUCUCUGGACCAGAAGAGUCCAAGCAUGGAUGAAAACCUAAAGGGUUCCCUGCUUCUGUCACUGCCCUCCGUCGGAUCCGAGGCCAUGUGGACCAAACAUAGAGACACCGUCCAAGCCACCACCCCUGUCACUCCUGUCACCCCCACCACCGACGCCCCCUGGCACUUUGGGGCGGAGGAAGGGGGCGAGAUGGAGCUCGGCGGCGGGGGGGACGGCGUUCGAAGCGAGCCUUCGUUGAGAUUCGGGAGCAGCUCGGCAUACGUGGCGUUCGGGUGCAGCGAGGGAGUGCGGUUACAGGACAAACCUCCCAAGGAGAAGCAGCGAGACUUCACGUCGUCCUCCAACGUGCCCAUCGUGGGCGGGUCGGCGGCGGAGAAGCAGUUCAAGCGUCGCAGCUGUCAGAUGGAAUUCGAGGAGGGCAUCUCAGAGACCCGUUCUCGAGAAGAACUGGGGAAGAUCGGAAAACAGUCAAGUUUCUCAGGGAGCCUUGAGAUCAUUGAAGUGUCCUGACACAUAAUGGACAACUCUGUCCACACCUGCUUGCAGGCUGGAAAGAACAUUAUUUUCUUCCCCCUCACAGGCAGCGUUCAAGACUACGAGUGACAGACGGACUGAGCAAAGGUUAGCAAGCUGGACAGAGACGAGCUGCUGACCAGAACCUUAUAGAACUCUCUAAAGGCCUGCAGGGACCGGAACCUUUGAGGUCUGUCAGGUUGCAUCUUGUAGAAUAACUCGGACACCAGUGCAGCCCUAGUCCCGAGACUCGUGAUCUGCGCCAGAACGCUCCGACAGCCUCAAAAAGCUCAUCCCAACGUUGUCCUCGACAUUUAGCGGCGGCCUUGACGGCACAAAGCACGUGGAUGCCACUCGUCCGCUCUCCUCCAAAAGCGACGCCUCCCAAACAAAGACCUCAGCAUCUACACCAGUCACCCUAAAGCACAGCCUGUCCUUUGUUUGCCGCGUCAGCCGCACCCUCCCUGCCUUUGCUCCUUGUCACCACUAGUGGUCACCACUGAGCAUGCACCAUGAAAGACUGGCAACAGAAAAAAACUCUGUAAUACGACAUGAAUAUAUAUGUAUAGCAAUUUUAACGGGAUUUUUAUUUUGCUUUUAAUUUAUUGUUCAUUCUGGUAAUGAGAAAUAAUAUAAUGUUUGUGGAUUGAUUUCAUUUUUUUUUUCUUAUUAUUUGCUGUAUGGUAUUUAUACAACACAUACAAAUACACACGGAUUCAAGCAAGCAAUAUGUGCAGUUCCUUUCUUGGGGGAGUGAUUAUGACUUGGAUGCACUUUUCUGUUCAGCAUGGCGGGACGCCUUAAACGUAUUCAUAUUUUUUCUGCAUGCAUAACGACGACUUUAUGCAAAGCGUACGCACAGUUUUUGAUAGAAGCACCCCCUUCCCAAACAACACACACCCUACACCAGGGGUCACCAACGCGGUGCCCGUAAGGACCAGAUGAGUCGCCCGCUGGCCUGUUCUAAAAAUAGCUCAAAUAGCAGCACUUACCAGUGAGCUGCCUCUAUUUUAUAAUGUUAUUUAUUUACUAGCAAGCUGGUCUCGCUUUGCUUGACAUGUUUAAUUCUAAGAGAGACACAACUCAAAUAGAAUUUGAAAAUCCAAGAAAAUAUUUUAAAGACUUGGUCUUCACUCGUUUAAAUAAAUUCAUUUAUUUUUUUUACUUUGCUUCUUAUAACUUUCAGAAAGCCAAUUUAAUAGAGAAAAUACAACCUUAAAAAUGAUUUUUGGAUUUUUAAACACGUAUACCUUUUUAAAUUUUUUCCUCUUUUUUCCUGACCAUUCAAAUCAAUGUUCAAGUAAAUUUAUUUUUUCUAUUGUAAAAAAUAGUAAAUGAAUUUGAAUUUAAAUCUUCAUUUCAGCUUCUCUUUUUUCGACGAAGAAUAUUUGUGAAAUAUUUCUUCAAACUUAUGAUUAAAAUAAAAUAAAAAUAUUCUGGCAAAUCUAGAAAAUCUUUAGAAUUUCAAAGUAUUUUGAAUAAAAAAGAGAUUGUUCUGGAAAAUCUAGAAGAAACAAUGAUUUGUCUUUGUUAGAAAUAAAGCUUGGUCCAAUUUGUUAUAUAUUCUAACAAAGUGCAGAUUGGAUUUUAACCUAUUUAAAAAUGUCAUCAAAAUUCCAAAAUUUAUCUUAAUCAAGAAAAAAUGACUAAUGAUGUUCCAUAAAUUCUUUUUUUAAUGUUGUCAAAAAGAUUCAAAUUAGCCAGUUUUUCUCCUCUUUUUUUCCGUUGAAUUUAGAAUUUUAAAGAGUCGAAUUUGAAGAUAAACUGUAUUAAUUUUUUUUUUCCGUGUUAUCUCCUUUUUUAAACCAUUCAAUUAAGUGUUUUUUUCAUCCUUUAUUCUCUACAAAAAACCUUCCGUAAAAGGAAAAAAAAAUAUUCGACGGAAUGACAGACCCAUUUUUUAAUGUAUAUAUAUAUUUAUUUAUUAAAGGUAAAUUGAGCAAAUUGGCUAUUUCUGGCAAUUUAUUUAAGUGUGUAUCAAACUGGUAGCCCUUCGCAUUAAUCAGUACCCAAGAAGUAGCUCUUGGUUUCAAAAAGGUUGGUGACCCCUGCACUACACAGUAUGCACUUUUUUUUUUUUUUACACACACACACACACACCUUUUUCUUUCCUUCUCAGGGGAUGCUUGAGUGAGCCAAGGCCAGCACACGUCAGCACAACAUGGAAGCACCCUCACUUUCUCGUUUUUAUUUCCCCCGCUGCUUGGAUUUAAACCCACGUCCAGCACGAGAAAGUGUGUACCUGUUUCCGGAUGCUUAUUUAUUAUCACCGUGUUGUCCUUUUGACCCACGACUGGCGUUUUAUUUACAAUUCCUUCCAUUGCCCGCGACUCAAUCAUGAACGCUCCUGAAAUCCCUCCUCCGUGUUUUUAAAAUGGUUGUUAGCAUUAUUUAUGAUAUUAUGUAAAAAAAAAAAAAAAUACGAAGCAGGCUGUCCCAUUUGCUAAAUCUGUUGUUAUUGAAUUAUUAUUAUUAUUAUUAUUAUUAUUGUAAAUAGCGACAUGGAAGAACAUUGAUGAGUUUUUAAAGAAAAUCCUGACACUUAGGCUGCUUGAUGCUAAAAAAAAAAAAUUAAAUAAAUAAAAAAAAUAAAUACCUCAGGUUCUAUUGAAAGGCUUUUCUUUCUUUCCCCUGUACGAGUUUUGUGAAAAUGAGACAAAAUACAGACGUGACAAAAUACAAA